CCUACUUUGAAUUUUGCAAUGGGGACGAUGGAGCUGUUACUGUGCCUUCUUUUGGGACACCAUAUUGCUGCUCAGUCAGUAAUAAAAAAGCAGGAUGCCACAUUUUUCCACGAUGUUCCUGGAUUUUUUCACAGCUUCGUGCCUUUUCCCUUUGAAAGAAAUUUUGAUUUCACCCCACCUGACGCCCUCUUCAGCUCGUGGGGGACUUUGAUCCCUGACUUGCAGGUGCUUGCUGAAUUACCUCCCAUCCCCAUUGUUCCCAGAGUUGAAGUGUUUUGUGAUGAAUCAAAGCUAACUCUGCUGGUUGACAAGAGCUCCAACGGUCUCUCACUGACUGGAGAGGAGAUGCAGUUCGGUGAUGGCUGCUUUAGCAACAGAGAGCUACCGAACCAAUUUGUCUUCACUUACGGUUUCGAUGAGUGUGGCACUACACCAGUGAUGCAGAAUGGUUUGGUGAUGUUUACCAACUCUCUCUACUUGAAUCUCAAAAUGCCGCCCACCACCUGGUUGGAAACUCGUCCCACGGUGCACAUCUCUUGCAUCCCAAAAAGGCCAUAUCCAAACUUCUUUGACUCAACGGCAUUUCCUGAGAAUGGCGAGACCUUUAACAUUCAAGCCAUGAACCCAUCCUGGACCAGCACUGCAGACUCUAAUAUCUACAAAAGAGGACAGGUUGUCAACCUCCAGGUUUCUGCCAAAACCAGGCCAGAGCAGCAGCUUUUCAUCCAGUCCUGUUUUGUCUCUGCGUCUCCUGAGCCUCAGACUAGGCGUAGGCACGCAGUCAUAAUGAAUAAAGGGUGCACAGCUGGAUUGGGUUCCCGUCAUGCCGUUGCACUAUUUGUGGCCUCCGACAGAGCGGAUGUGGUUAAUCUUGUUCUCGACACAUCGUAUCUCAUUUCUGAGCUGUACAUCCACUGUAGUGUCGUUAUCUUAGACCAGGGUAUCAACUUUGGUUCUAAAUCCUGCAACUACAACAUGAUCCAGUCAAGAUGGGAGGACCUUAGUGGAAAUGCAGAAGUGUGCAAGUGCUGUACGUCAAAGUGUAAAGGUCUGUCGGUCAAGAACCUUCCUGAAGGUGCCAAGGCUAUCGUCAGCACUGGCCCCAUCAUCAUUAUGGACAAACCUAUUGCGACGCUUCUCUCUGAACCGCAGGAAACCUCCAGUGCUCCUGUUGCAGACCGCAUGGCGUCUGAUCGUGCAAUGACUGAGGACACAAUUAUUUCUGAUCACUCUGAAUUACAACCCCCUCAGGGUGUGGUUGUUGUGAGUCCGGACCCAGUUGCCAGACUGACCCUUUGGCUACCUGGACAGGUGCAAGAUACUGAAUACGGCGAGAAGAUCUGUUCUGAGUCCGAAGACAAUUUGCAGACAAGUGACACCAUGUCAAAUGAGCUUCAACCUUCAACUGCAGAUCAGGAGCCUCUUCUGCAUACGCCCACAAACUUAGUCAUACAUCAAAGUUCAAAUGAACUAGGAAGUGACGGUCAUAUGUGGGAUUUGAAUUCGCUUACACUGAUUGAUGGAUGGGCAAUUCCUCAACAAAUUGAAAAGGCAGCUUUUGCAGAGGAAUCUCAAAGAAAAAGGCGUUUCGGAAGAUCUGGUAUGUCUGACAUUCAACAAGAUGUGGACAUCCCGCUGACGACUCUCAUGAAUGCAAAUGUCCUAAACCAGAAGGAUUGUAACAAAAUGAGAGGGAAGCUGGCAGUGUUGCCCCAAGAAGAAACAAAUGAUGCCCAACCAAUAGUUCGCUCCAAAAUCCAGUUCUCCAAAGGCCCAGAUGGAUCAGAGACGCUGAGUUAUGAGGAAGAAGCCCUGGGACAACAAGAGGGUAAAGGUGUGAUCAGAAGACUUUGGCUGGAUGGGAUUCAAAGAGAACGGGAGCCCAGAAGGAGAGGGCUGCACUCAACUUUCCUGGAUUUUUUGAGGGGGAUGGACAAAGCAGAAUAACUGCAUCUUAAUAAGAAUAUUCUGUAAUGUAACAAAUAAAUGCAUGUAUUAA